AACCACUUGCCACAGCUCAUCCUUCAUAAUAACUAAUUUACUCCAAUGGAUGCAUUAUAAUAACACCUUCACAAUAAACAAAUAUCAAAAUGAUUUGCAAAAUUUAAAAGAUUCUGUCCUACAUACUCUCUUUGAGAAUUUGUCCAAGUAAUGGCAAGGAUGAUGCUUACACAGUCCCUCUCAGGGCUUUCCGUAUUCUCCUGCCAUAGUUUUCAAUCAAUACCCAAAAUCUCUUCCCUCAAGAUUUACAAAUUUCAGCUUUCUUCAUCACACAAAUCAACGUGUUCGUCAACUUUAACUGAGACAAAAAUGUCGAAAGAAAGAAAGUUGCCUAUUUUUCUGUUUGAUAUCAUGGACACCAUAGUUCGGGAUCCAUUUUAUGAAGACAUCCCUGCCUUUUUCGGGUUAUCAAUGAAAGAGCUUCUCAAGGUGAAGCAUCCAACUGCUUGGAUCGAAUUUGAGAAGGGCAUCAUUACAGAGGAGGAAUUGGCUGCAAAAUUCUUCCGUGAUGGAAGAAUUUUUGAUUUUGAUGGCUUGAAGCAAUGUAUGAGAAAUGGAUAUGCUUAUCUUGAUGGCAUUGAGUGUAUUCUUCAUCAGCUUAAAUCAAAUGGUUAUGAAAUUCAUGCUUUUACGAACUACCCAUGUUGGUACAUGAUGAUUGAGGAAAAACUGAAACUCUCAACAUAUUUAUCUUGGACAUUUUCUUCAUGCAAUACUGGAAAGCGGAAACCUGAAAUUGAAGCAUACUCGGAAGUUACAAAACAACUAGGAUUACCUCCAUCUAGUUGCAUAUUUGUUGAUGACAGGCUUGUUAAUGUGGAAGCUGCAAGAAAGAUUGGUAUGGAUGCUAUCCUUUUUGAGAAUGCUUCUAAGCUUGAGCAAAGUAUUAUAUUUCUUGGAGUUCAAAUGAGCAACCCCUAGCAAAUUAUUUUGUGAGUCAUGCACCACUUCAAAUUGCUGGUACUGCAACAACAGGCUAUAUGAAAGUUAUCUUAGUAUUAUCUCAUGUAAUGUUAUAUAUCAGUACAAUUUUUUCAGUGGUCAUAUUGUUGUUUCUUACCGGCUCUAUGCUUAUUGUUUCUAUUGUGGAGUAAUUCUUGUAUACCACAAACUGUCCAAAAAGGACAUUUAUGAAAUAAUGGAAAAUAUUCAAUUGUAUUUUUCUAAUGCUCAUGUAUA